AAACAAAACGCACGCGAAGAAGAUAAAUAGCAAAAGGCAGCCGAGUGGCUGGAUGUAGUUUGGCAGAAUUGUAUUAUUUGGUUAAAGAACAAUAUUUUCCUCCGAGACAUGUCCAAAAGACAUCGUCUGGAUUUAGGUGACGAUUAUUCCUCCAGCAAGAAGAGGUCUGAUGGAAGAGAAAGGGAUCGUGACAGAGACCGUGAGGAUCGCUCCAGGGACAGGGAUAGAGACAGAGACAGGGACAGGGACCGAGACAGAGACCACCUGAAGGCCCCUAGUGUCCCAUCCAACAGCUUGGCAGGCGGUGGAGGCUUGCCGCCCCUGAAACAGAUGGCUGUGCAUCAGCAGAUCAACCCAUUCACCAACUUGCCGCACACUCCACGCUACUAUGAGAUCCUUAAGAAGAGGUUACAGCUUCCAGUGUGGGAGUACAAGGAGAGCUUCAAUGACAUCAUCACACGUCAGCAGAGCUUUGUACUUGUUGGAGAGACAGGCUCUGGAAAGACAACACAGAUCCCACAGUGGUGUGUGGACAUGGUGAGAGGCUUGCCUGGACCUAAGCGGGCUGUGGCCUGUACCCAGCCCAGAAGAGUGGCAGCUAUGAGUGUGGCUCAGAGGGUGGCUGAUGAAAUGGACGUCAUGCUCGGACAGGAAGUUGGCUACUCCAUCCGAUUUGAGGACUGUAGCUCUGCCAAGACCAUAUUGAAGUACAUGACAGACGGUAUGUUGCUUCGAGAGGCCAUGAAUGACCCGUUGCUGGAGCGAUACGGCGUGAUCAUUCUAGACGAGGCUCACGAGCGAACUCUGGCCACCGACAUCCUAAUGGGAGUCCUCAAGGAGGUUGUGCGUCAGAGAACAGAUCUGAAGGUCAUUGUCAUGAGUGCGACGCUAGAUGCGGGGAAGUUUCAGGUGUACUUCGAUAACUGUCCUCUGCUGACCAUCCCUGGGCGUACGCACCCGGUAGAGAUCUUCUAUACCCCAGAGCCAGAGCGAGACUACCUUGAAGCAGCUAUUCGCACCGUUAUCCAGAUCCACAUGUGUGAAGAGGAGGAGGGAGACUGCCUUCUCUUCCUGACUGGUCAAGAGGAAAUAGACGAAGCCUGCAAACGGAUCAAGCGUGAGGUAGAUGACCUGGGACCUGAAGUUGGAGACAUCAAAAUCAUUCCACUGUAUUCCACACUACCCCCACAGCAGCAGCAAAGGAUCUUUGAGCCCCCUCCUCCAAGGAAGCCCAAUGGUGCAAUAGGAAGAAAGGUUGUGGUGUCAACAAAUAUUGCUGAGACUUCUCUGACAAUUGAUGGUGUGGUGUUUGUCAUCGAUCCUGGAUUUGCCAAACAAAAGGUGUACAAUCCCCGCAUCAGGGUGGAGUCGUUGCUUGUCACGGCCAUCAGUAAAGCCUCUGCCCAGCAGAGGGCAGGCCGAGCUGGCAGAACACGUCCAGGGAAAUGUUUCCGCCUCUACACAGAGAAGGCCUAUAAAACAGAGAUGCAGGAUAACACAUACCCCGAGAUUCUGCGGUCCAACUUGGGAUCUGUUGUGCUACAGUUGAAAAAGCUAGGCAUUGAUGACCUUGUGCACUUUGACUUCAUGGAUCCACCAGCUCCUGAGACACUGAUGAGGGCCCUUGAACUGCUGAAUUACCUGGCAGCUCUCAACGAUGAUGGUGACCUAACAGAGCUGGGAUCCAUGAUGGCAGAAUUUCCCCUGGACCCCCAGCUAGCUAAGAUGGUCAUUGCUAGCUGCGAGUUUAACUGCUCUAACGAGAUCCUUUCCAUUACUGCCAUGCUGUCAGUCCCACAGUGUUUUGUCCGCCCCACGGAGGCUAAGAAGGCAGCAGACGAGUCCAAGAUGAGGUUUGCUCACAUCGACGGAGAUCACUUGACGCUGCUCAAUGUCUACCAUGCCUUCAAACAAAACCACGAGUCUAACCAGUGGUGCUAUGAUAACUUUGUGAACUACCGUUCGCUGAUGUCGGCUGACAAUGUGCGUCAGCAGCUGUCCAGGAUCAUGGACCGCUUCAACCUGCCCCGCCGGAGCACAGAGUUUACCAGUAGAGAUUACUACAUCAACAUCCGUCGAGCGCUCUGCACUGGCUUCUUCAUGCAGGUGGCUCAUUUGGAGCGAACAGGCCAUUACCUCACAGUCAAAGACAACCAAGUGGUCCAGCUGCACCCCUCCACAGUGCUGGACCACAAGCCCGAGUGGGUGCUCUACAACGAGUUUGUCCUCACAACCAAGAAUUACAUCCGCACUUGUACAGACAUCAAACCAGAAUGGCUAGUGAAGAUUGCUCCUCAGUACUAUGAAAUGAGUAACUUCCCUCAAUGUGAAGCUAAAAGACAGCUGGAGCGAAUUGUUGCCAAACUAGAGACCAAGGAGUAUUCCCAGUACUGAAAAACAACAGAGAGAAAAGUGACCUGGAAAAUAACUGCAUAUUAGUUUUAGAUCUUUCAGUCUGUAUCAUUGUACCUUUAAUGUUUAAUUUUUUUAUAUUUUGUUUGCUGUUUUCUUUUUCUCCCACCAUUGUUCGUUCUGUAGCUAAGUGUAAUGUCACGUGAAAUAUCAGUGGCAAAUAAUCGACCUGGCUGAAUAUUUUCAGAAGGAAUAUCAGAAACAUGUCAUUUAGAUGUGGUUGACUUUCCUUUAGGAAAUUGCUGAAUCAUGAAAGGCUAUGUGCUUGCCUUGUUUCUUUAAUAAAGGAGCUUUGACUUAAUAUUUGUGUACAUAUUAUUCAGUUAUCAAAGAGACAGAUCUGUUAUAAAAGUUCUUGGCUGUCUAAUGGAGUUUUUGUUUAUGUCUUCAAAGAUUCAGAAAUUAGUCUUUUUAAUGUUUCAAUAAACAGUUUUAAUAACA